UAGUCCACAAAAAAUCAAAGACAGUAAUCGAGUUGGCAGCGAGCAUAAACCACUAACAAGAACAUUAUCUUUGUGAAAACACACACUUGUUGCAAUUUCUUCCUUUCGUUACGAUCUUUGCAUUUUCGUGUUGCGUCGUGUCUUGCAACAUGCGCGCUCUGUCAUCACCUGCAAUGCAGCGAGCCCUCCUCACACCCGCCACCACAACCACCACCUCAACCUCCUUCCUCCCUCUCCGUCCUCCGCUUCCACUUCCCAAUUUCAAAUUCCACAAGCCAUGCUCUCUCUUCACCAUCCGCAAUUGCAGUUCCAUCAGAGUCAAACCCUCCUCCGAAAUCCGAAAGAACCGCUCCGAUUCCGACGCCGCCGAUCCCAAGCUCACUGCGCUCCGCCGCCUCUUCUCCAAACCCCAAACCGCCAUCGACGCCUACAUCAUCCCUUCUCAGGAUGCUCACCAGAGCGAGUUCAUUGCUGAUUGUUACACGAGGAGAGCCUACAUAUCAGGUUUUACUGGUAGUGCUGGAACUGCUGUUGUUACCAAGGACAAAGCUGCUCUUUGGACUGAUGGUCGAUAUUUUCUUCAGGCGGAGAAGGAACUGAAUUCCAGUUGGAUUCUCAUGCGAGCGGGAAAUCCAGGAGUUCCUUCUAGUAGUGAGUGGCUCAAUGAGGUUUUGGCUCCUGGUGGCAGAGUUGGCAUUGAUCCUUUUCUGUUUACUUCGGAUGCUGCAGAAGAACUUAAGCAGGUCAUCUCUAUGAAAAACCACGAGCUUGUUUACUUGUACAAUACAAAUCUUGUAGAUGAAAUAUGGAAAGAAUCUAGACCAAAGCCUCCGAAUAAGCCAGUCAGAGUGCAUGACCUAAAGUAUGCUGGUUUAGAUGUAGCAUCGAAAAUGUCAUCUUUGAGGUCAGAACUUGUUGAUGCUGGUUCAUCUGCAAUCAUCAUCUCCAGGCUUGAUGAAAUCGCAUGGUUGUUGAACUUGAGAGGCAGUGACAUUCCACAUUCACCCGUUGUGUAUGCAUACUUGAUUGUGGAGAUUGAUGGAGCAACAUUAUUUAUCGAUGAUUCAAAAGUUACUGAAGAGGUGAGUGAUCACUUGAAGAAAGCAAACGUAGAGAUCAGGCCAUACAAUUCAAUCAUAUCUGAAAUUGAAAGAUUGGCAGCACGAGGUGCUUCCCUUUGGUUGGAUACUUCAUCUAUUAAUGCUGCUAUUGUAAAUGCCUACGACGCUGCCUGCGACAGAUAUAGUCAGAAGACUCAGAACCAUGAGAGUAAACACAAAACUAGGAGCAAAGGUUUUGAUGGCUCCAUUUCGGAUGUACCCAUGGCUGUCUAUAAAGUCUCCCCUGUUUCUCUAGCAAAAGCCAUAAAAAAUGAAUCAGAGUUAGCAGGAAUGAAAAAUUGUCAUUUAAGGGAUGCUGCUGCCCUCGCUCAGUUUUGGGAUUGGCUAGAGACAGAAAUCACCAAGAAUAGGGUAUUAACAGAAGUAGAAGUUUCAGACAAACUUCUCGAGUUUCGCUCAAAACAAGAUGGUUUUUUGGAUACGAGCUUUGACACCAUAAGUGGUUCUGGUCCAAAUGGUGCUAUAAUACACUACAAGCCUGAACCAGAGAGUUGUAGUGUUGUCGGUGCAAAUAAACUAUUCUUAUUGGAUAGUGGUGCUCAAUAUGUUGAUGGCACAACUGACAUAACACGGACAGUUCAUUUUGGCAACCCUACUGCUAGAGAAAAAGAAUGCUUUACCCGAGUUUUGCAGGGACAUAUAGCUCUUGAUCAAGCAGUCUUCCCAGAAAAUACCCCUGGUUUUGUGCUAGAUGCAUUUGCCCGUUCCUUUCUUUGGAAAGUUGGACUUGACUACAGGCAUGGGACUGGGCAUGGUGUAGGAGCUGCAUUGAAUGUUCAUGAAGGGCCUCAAAGUAUUAGUUACCGUUUUGGAAAUUUGACCCCUCUUGUGAACGGCAUGGUUGUUAGCAAUGAGCCUGGUUAUUAUGAAGACCAUGCCUUUGGUAUUCGGAUAGAGAAUCUCCUGUAUGUGAGAAAUGUUGAGACACCAAAUCGUUUUGGAGGAGUUGAAUACCUAGGUUUUGAAAAGCUUACAUAUGUACCCAUUCAGAUUAAAUUGGUUGAUUUGUCUCUGCUAUCAGUUGCGGAGAUUGAUUGGCUUAACAACUACCACUCACAAGUCUGGGAAAAGGUUUCACCAUUGGUGGAUGGCUCUGCUAGCGAAUGGCUUUGGAACAACACUCAACCUAUCAUUCAUGAGAGAAUUUAAUGAUUUUCAUGUUAAUGUUCUGUUGGCACCUUUGCUUCACAUUCUAUACUUCAAUUUGUUUGUAUUAGGAGACGCUGUGAGUAAAAUAGUGAAUAGGGACUGCAGGAAUUUAAUCAUAUGAUUGAAUCUUGGCCAGGAAAAUUAGCAUUUAGCCAUUUUUUUGCAGUACUAAAGUAUGCUUGUCUUAUGGUAUUCAUUAUAAUUUCAUACUCUUGUUAAAGUUUGCAUUCUAUAUUGACUUUGUGAAUUAUAUACAUUAUAUAAAAAAGGUCUCAAUUUCUUGCUUUUCA